AUGUCGUUCCAAGACAAAGUUCAGGGAACCAUCACCCAAAUUGACAAGGAACUCUCCAAAUACCCAAUUUUGAACAACCUCGAAAAGCAAAGCAACGUUCCUAAAGUCUACGCUUUCUUGGGCGUUAUUGCAUUCUACUUCUUUUUCAUAUUCUUCAACAUCGCAGGUCAACUCCUUACGAACUUUGCUGGGUUUGUUAUUCCAGGGUAUUACUCUUUGGAAGCUUUGUUCAGUGCUGGAACAGCCGAUGACACUCAAUGGCUCACGUACUGGGUUGUCUUCGCCUUCUUGACUGUUUUUGAGAGCGUGUUCACUGUUGUAUACUGGUUCCCUUUCUACUACACCUUCAAGUUCGUCUUCGUUUUGUGGCUCGCACUCCCAAUCACCAGCGGUGCUCAAAUCGUCUUCCGCUCCUUCAUUGCACCAGUCUUCUCCCGAUACUUCUCUGGAGCUAGCAAGGUCAAUGCUGCCGCAGGCAAGUCCUUGUAA